AUGAUCACAAGGUUGUCAUUAAGAAUGUCCACGACGAAAAAACAAGCAACUUUAGGAAGCUUUUUCAGCUCGAUGAAGAGAAGUUCAGCAGAAAAGAGCGAUGCCACGGCGCAUAGCUUGACGAAUGGCGCCAAGAAGGCCAAGUUGGAUGCGGAUAGUAAAACACAAGGGGUAGGAGCAACACCGCCAGAUACUUCGGUGGAAAAAAUUCCCAGCGCUGCUCCUACGGCAACGCACUCUGCGCCCCAAGAUAGCAAGAUCUUGUACGCGGACAUGUGUCGGGUUUUCAGCGAGAUAGAGGAGACUUCGUCGCGGCUGUCGAUUGUCAAGCUAUGCAGCGAUUUUCUGUACUCAGUUUUACUCAAGAAACCACAGGAUAUUGUCCCAAUUACGUAUCUUUUCAUCAACAAACUUGGUCCCGACUACGAGCCAGGCCUGGAGUUGGGACUAGGGGAAGGUCUGCUGAUGAAAACGAUAAGCGAGAGUUGCGGGAAAUCGCUGGCGCAAGUCAAGGCGAAGUACCGCGAGGUGGGAGAUCUGGGCCGCAUUGCACAGGACGCAAGAGCCGUACAACCUACCAUGUUCAAGCCCAAGCCGCUGACAACAGGUGAGGUUUUCUCGAAUUUACAGGCAAUCGCCCGAUCGGAAGGCAAAGAUUCCCAGCUGCGCAAGAUACGACUCAUCAAACGGAUGUUGACCGCGUGCGAGGGCGUCGAGGCCAAGUACCUAAUUAGGUCGCUCGAGUCCAAAUUACGAAUCGGUUUAGCGGAGAAAAGCGUGCUUAUCGCAUUGUCCAAGGCUAUUUUAACUUUAGAACAAAAGGGCAAAGAACCCUCAGCGGACAUGGUUGAUGAAGCCGAGGAGAAGAUUAGAGACGCCUUUUGCCAGGUACCAAACUACGAGAUAGUGAUCAAAGCCGCCCUGGAAUACGGAAUUAUGGAAAUCGACAAGCAUUGCAAGCUAACUCCUGGUAUUCCUUUGAAACCCAUGCUUGCCAAGCCAUCGAAAUCAAUUUCGGAAGUGUUAGACCGAUUUGAGGGCCAAAGAUUCACUUGCGAAUACAAGUAUGAUGGCGAGAGAGCACAGGCGCAUUUGUUAGCGGACGGAACCAUGCGCAUAUACUCCAGAAACGGAGAAAACAUGACGGAGAGGUACCCAGAGAUACGCAUAAGCGACUUCAUCGCGGAGCCGGACAAAACGCACACCUUGAUCCUGGACUGCGAGGCAGUCGCUUGGGAUAAAGAGCAAGAUCGAAUCUUGCCUUUCCAGGUGCUCAGCACGCGGAAGCGUAAAGGUGUGGUCGCAGAGGACGUUAAAGUUCGCGUGUGUUUGUUUGCGUUUGACAUUCUAUGCUACAACGACGAGCCCCUCAUCAACAAAUCUUUCGCUGAGAGGAGGACGUAUUUGGAGCGGGCACUGAAACCUGUGCGCGGCGAGCUGCAGUUUGCCAACGAGAUGACCACUGCGAGUCUCGACGAAAUGCAGGCGUAUCUGGACCAAAGUGUCAAGGACUGUUGCGAGGGUCUCAUGGUCAAGGUGCUGGAUGGGCCAGAGUCGCAUUACGAGCCCAGUAAACGGUCUCGGAACUGGCUCAAGCUCAAGAAGGACUAUUUGCAGGGUGUGGGCGACUCGCUGGACCUGUGCGUCAUGGGCGCGUACCACGGCCGCGGCAAGCGUACUGGGCGGUACGGAGGGUUCUUGCUGGGCUGCUACAAUCAAGACACCGGUGAAUACGAGACCUGCUGCAAGAUCGGCACUGGGUUUUCGGACGAGAUGCUGCAGAAGCUGUACGACGACUUGAGCCCCACCGAGGUGGCUGCACCCAAAGCCUUCUACGUGUACUCGGAUUCCGCCAGCCCCGACGUGUGGUUCGAGCCCUCGAUGCUGUUCGAGGUGCUCACCGCGGACCUAUCGCUCUCGCCCGUCUACAAGGCUGGCGCGGCCACUUACGACAAGGGCAUUUCGCUUCGUUUUCCGCGCUUUCUACGUAUCCGCGACGACAAGGCCCUCGAAGACGCAACGAGCUCUGAGCAAGUGGUGGAGCUGUACGACAGCCAGUCCCACAUGCAGAAGUGA